GAUUGGACGGUUUUAAUGUUUUCCCUUUCAAACGCGCUCUGAACCGGAAGCUCUAAACGAGCCGAGAACUUGCAGCGCGCAGUGCUUGAAUCCUCCGAGAAACGGCGGCAGCGCUCAGGCUGGCGGAGACCAUGAGAGGAAGAGCUCAGCGCAAGGUGGUGACGUCAGGAAGGCUGACGGGAGCAGCCAGAGGGGGUCUAGCCAGCUUAAAUCCAGGAACAGCUGCCUGCCCUGAGCCCGCCUACUCCCUGUACUCCACCGACUCCGAGGGCCAGGUCAUCAGUCUGCACAAGGGCCUGGACCGCUGUGCUGCCCUGCUCGGUGGGAUCCUUCAGGCUGAUAAGGCAGUGUCUCCGAGGCUUCACAGAACAGUAAGCAGUGCAGCAGCCAAACCAAGGCUUUCCACAUCAACGGGGAAAAAGAGCUUGAAGAAAGGGCCUCCAAAGGCAGGCCAGAAGAGCGCGUCAGGCCGGCAUGGAUCGGACAGCAGAACUCCACGAGGACACCCGUCUGCCCGUCCUGCACCACAUUCAGGAGUGAAGCUACAUCCACCUCAGAAACCAUGUCCCACCCAGCUGCAGUCUCACUUACUUUCACCUCGGCUUCUUCCUCGCACCGUCAGUCCGCCCCGGCACGAGGCGUCCGUCCUUCUGUCUGUGCGUCAGUCCUCCUCUCUCUCGAGCCAUCGGACUGCCUGCCGGCCUGACUCUGAGACGCCUCGCACUGCGUGUGAUGAAGCACAAGAGUUUGUUCCUGUGAGAGACACGCACACCCAGAGCCCCAGCACACACACUCUCACACAUGCACACGGAGACAGCUGCAGUAUGAAGAUGGCACACUUCCAGCUGGAGCCUGGACAGGCUGAGGAGAGCAACACUGAGGCACAAACAAAAGCUCACAAGCUUCAGCAUCUGUUCGCACAACUCAAGCCUCUGAUUGCUGGACAAGGCAGUGUAGCAGAGAGCCUACUCAGUCACCUGGAGCAGACUGUGUCCACAGCACAGAUGAAUAAUAGUGCUUCAAACAUCCAGAGUGUGUCAGACCUGCACAGGUGUGUGAGGAACCUGGACCAGCAGCCAGAGACGGAGAGACAUCAGAACCAGGCGAUGCUCUGUAACUGGCAGAGACUUCAGGAAGAGCUCACUGCUGCUCAGUCCAGGCUGCAGGAACUCCAAGAUGACCUGACGGACCUACGGCAAACCCUGCAGGACACACAGAGCCAGCUGAGAGACCGAGAGGCUGAAACCGCACUCGCUAAGAUGGAGCUGGAGGCCAGUAAGAGUAGGUUACUGGACAGUGAGCGGGAGAGGAGUAAGCUGGCCUCGCUGGCACAACAAAGGCUGAAGGAGAUGGAGCACCUCCACAGUCUCCUCUCAGCAGAUCAUGUUGUUGACAGCUCUGUGUCAGAGACGAGCCAACACCAGCACAGACGGAUGCCAGCGCCCCCUACUGACCACAUCGCCCAAUACCUGAAGUCUCUUAGCCAGAUAGCGCCUGUGCAGUGUGUGGAUGCAGAGAGAGAUUCAGACUCGGCACAUCUAGACGUCACAGCUCAGAGGAGAGAAGAUCGUGCAGGGACUCGGCCCGAGUCUGAUCGAGAGCGGUCCGCUGGUCCAGGUGAAGCCCUGCGGCCAGAGGACGCUCGCAGGCAGCUGUUUAACUCCACGCUGUCCCAGAGUGAAACUGAGUCUGUGUGGUCUGAUUUGACCUUUGACACCAGAGACGAAGCAGCGUUCAGAGACGGCCUGGCAGCUCUGGACGCUAGCAUAGCCAGUCUGCAGAAGACUAUUAAGCUGGACCUGAGGCGGUGACCGUGCUGGUCUUUGUAUUCAUCCAUGUUUGGGCCGUGCUGAUGAACUGUUCUGUAAAGUGUUGUUUAAGAUUGGGGAAUAAAGCUGUUUUUAUGAAUGUC